AUGUCUUCAGAAGAUAACAAACUCCGUCAAACCCUCACAGAGGGAGGCCAUGUUGAAGACCGCACUCAGCCGUCUCUGCCAGUAGUCCAUCGACGCUUUGCCAACCCUUCACCCCUGGGUCUACUGUCAUUUGCAACUGGCAUCUUUCUCAUCUCGAGCUUUGGCGUCCACGCCCGCGGAAUCCAGACUCCCAAUGUCAUGAUCUCGGUCCUCAUCUUCUUUGGCGGGAUCUGCCAGUACCUCGUCGGAAUAAUGGAAUUCGUCGCCGGAAAUACUUUUGGAACGGCAGUCUUCAUGUCUUAUGGCGCCUUCAACAUUUCCUACAGCAUGAUUUAUCUGCCUGGCUCUGGCAUCAUUGCUGCCUACAUGGACUCUGAGGGCAACUUGAGCCCAGACUUUCAACAGUCUAUCGCCUUGUAUCUCUGGGCCUGGUUCAUCUUGAGUGUCAUCUACACCAUUGCAGCCAUCCGAAGCUCUUGGGUUCUCUUUUUAGACCUGGUAGCCCUUGAUGUUUGCCUAAUUCUUCUUGCAACUGGAAACAUGGUUCAGAGCACUGCUGUUCUCAAUGCCGGUUACGCAUUCGGAUACUUGGUUGCCAUUCUUAGCUGUAAGUACCUUGUUGUCCUUGAGAAAUUACACUAA